AUGGAGGUGGAGCUUCUGGCCUACUGGAUAUCUGCUUCCAGGACAUGGCAGAAAUGGAAAGGUGAUGAAAGUGUUCAUGCAGGACACCUGAGCCCCACUGCCUGCACCCUGAGGAAGCACAAGACGAAUAGGAAGCCUCGAACCCCGUUCACCACCUCCCAGCUGCUGGCUCUGGAGCGCAAGUUCCGCCAGAAGCAGUAUCUGUCCAUCGCCGAGAGAGCCGAGUUCUCCAGCUCCCUCAACCUCACAGAGACCCAGGUCAAAAUCUGGUUCCAGAAUCGGAGGGCCAAGGCCAAGAGACUGCAGGAGGCUGAGCUAGAGAAGCUCAAAAUGGCAGCAAAGCCCAUGUUGCCAUCGGGGUUCAGCCUCCCUUUCCCCAUCAACUCUCCCAUCCAGGCUGCCUCACUGUAUGGAACAUCCUACCCUUUUCACAGACCUGUGCUUCCUAUCCCGCCCGUUGGACUCUAUGCUACUCCCGUUGGAUAUAGCAUGUACCACUUAUCCUAAGAAGAUCAGAAAGACAAAGCGACAGUGAGACAGACUUCCUGGUGGAUCAUGUCCAACCCUGAGAAGGCAGUACCCCAACCAGUACUGGCCGUUCUUUCUGCACGCUUCUAUCUGCCAUCCUGAGUGUACAGGAGUUUGUGUUAGCAAAGCAAGGCAUCCUGUAUGCUACGGGUUGGGUGUCUUCUGAGAGUGCUCUGAGUGCUGAGUCUGAUCCUCAAAGAAAAAAAUUAUGUAAAAACAGACAAAAAAGAAAAAACAUUUGAGCGAAUGUAGGGUUUUUAUGCAGUGCACGUAAAACCAGAAUAAAAAGGAACGGGUGAAAAAGCAAUCUCAUCCUAUGGAGGCAGAGAUUUCCCAACACCUUCCUGAUGGGGCCCAACAUAUGUUUAAAGUAAGAGGGGUGCAUGCCCUAAACCCACACUCUCAAGUGUCAUCAC